AUGGUAAAACGCAAGAAAAGAUACUUUACAUCACUUAUUAUAAUGGGAGUGCUCAUGCAGUAUCUAAAAAUCCAGGGAAAGAUGGCUGAGUAUUCUCUCCCAGUCGUUACGUCUGAUUUAAAAAUAGCAGCUGACUUUGGAUACAAAAUAAUGGAAAAAGGAGGAAACGCCGUGGAUGCAGCAGUUACAACGGCUAUUGUUGUGGGAAGCAUUAACGCAUUUGCCUCUGGCCUGGGCGGGGGCGGGUUUAUGCUUCUGAUGAAAGACGGGCAGUGCUCUGAGUACAACUUCCGAGAGAAAGCCCCCGGAUCAGCAAAACACGAGAACUACAAAUUGAAAGAAGACUCCAUGCGGGGGCCAAAGAGCAUUGCAAUUCCGCACGAGAUACUGGGCCUCUACACAGUGCACUCAGAGCACGGCCAUCUGCCGUGGAGCGAGCUCUUCACUGAUGCGAUACAGCUGCUGAAGGACGGGUUUAUUGUUCCCCCUGUUCUCGGCAGAAAAUUGGAGGAGUUUAGAGACAUAAUCUACAGCGAUCCAGGACUGAGAGAAACGUACGUGAAAAACGGCGUACUGGCAAAGGAGAAUGAUACAAUAAAAAGAGAGAAUUUAUCCAGAACACUUGAAAUAAUUUCGAAGAACCCAACUAGUUUUUAUUUAGGAAGCAUAGGAGAGUCUCUCCUCUCGUUCAUCAACAAAGAGCAGACUUACAUCACAAAAGAAGAGCUGGAAAAAUCAGAAGUGUUGAAAAAAAAAGUGAAAGCAGAAAUAAUCGACGGAGACACAGAGGUGUACACGGCAGGGCUCCCCACCACAGGAUACAUGCUGCGCAUCGCACUCGCUGUCCUAAAGAAGAUAAGAGCAAAGUACCACAUCACAUCCGAGGAAACACUCCAAAAGUAUCUGAUCAUAAUCUACAACGAACUAUUUAUGAUACGGACAAAGCUGGACGACCUGCAGGACGAAGCAGAAAACAUAAAGAGUCUUUUACUGCACACCGCACAGGAAGAGAUAGUCAGCAAGAUACUCAGAAAAAUAGAAAACAAAAAUGGCGCACCCUUUACGCCCUUCCAGAACAACUGCCUAGCUGAUCAUGGAACGACGCACAUAAACAUCAUCGAUAGAGAAGGCACGAUGGUCUCUCUUACCUCAACAAUAAACCAGUACUGGGGCUCAGGCAUGAUGGACCCUAAAACAGGAAUUAUUCUGAACAAUCAGAUUGAUGACUUCACUUUCAGGGACUUUUCGAAUGGAAGCGACAUCCAGUCUCUCUGCGAGGUGUCGCAGAACAACUGGAUAAAGCCGUACAAACAGCCGCUCUCGUCAGCAAUGCCGUCUUUCAUCAGAAUAGAAGACGCGUUUUAUGUCGUUGGGUCGUCAGGCGGCAUACGAAUACCUACCGCUGUGAUAUCAACUAUUUCCAGGAUUCUGAUAUCAAACCUAUCAGUAGAGGAUGCAAUAAACCAUCCAAGGCUGCACUACCAAGGCAGCAAUACAAUAAAAAUAGAGAACAACUAUGCAACACCGCCUCCCGACCUGGGCGUACUGUGGAACAUAAUCAGAGACACUCCCAGCACUAUCUCGAGCUGUGUCCACAUAAUAAAGUACAGUCCCCAUAGAAAAAGAGCAUAUGCCAUAGCAGACAGAAGGAAGCUGGCAGCUGUAACAGGUGCAAUAUUUGAAGAGAAUACAAUGUGCAUGUCUGGAAACGCAUUCUACGAAGACGUUACAUUCUCCAUUAUGAAGUUCAAGACACCUCUUGAGUUUUUGAAGAACUAA